UAGACGCUCGUGCAGUUCGGGUGGGCUGUAGAGGUGGUUGUCGUUGUGAUUACUCUAACGUUGCUAGCAAAAGGUUUCUACUGAUAUUUGCAUAACAACUGUAAUUAACGUGUAGUGUAGGACAAGACUAUACCCCCAAAUUUGAUUAUUCCGUAAAACCAUCUCGAAUGUACGCAAGUGACUACCUGCUCCUGCCCAUUUCACCUAACGUCAGGCAACCCGUUCUACCCUACGCCCUCUUCGCACCCGCCUACGAGCUCCACCCUGGCUAACGUCCAUUUUCUACUAAAUUUCACCUGGGAACCGGCUGGCAAAGUAACCUAGGAGCAGAGGAAGCGGCGGUGAGGGAGCGAUGGGCAGGCACUCCCAGAGACAGGUGCUUCUGGGGGCGUUCGCCGUCUACUCCAUCAUCGCCCUCAGCACCAACGUCUUCGACCACAUGGAGCCUAAACAUAGCAUAUUCAGGCUCGAGAAACUGACUUUGCGGGCAGGUGAGGAAAUCCAGAUGGUUGCAUUCCAGCAGAGGAAGACUCGCAUUAAGGAGGUGUGCACUGCAUGGGGGGCUUACUCUACUAAGGCCAAGUUUCUGAAGACUGGCCGCACGGUCACAGGAGACAAGAUUAAGGAUGAGAUAGUUAGAGACAAGACAGAUCUCUCACAGUCACAGCUAGAGAGACUUUGGCAGCUAAAUAAAAGGUCAACAUUUCAUCAGAUGUUUGUGGAUCAGCAGCAUGGCCUUACUUGGUGUAAGGUUCCUAAGGCAGCAAGCACUAGUUGGCUUCAUGCAUUUCUUGAGAUAGCAGGAGUGCAAGAUAUAUCAUCAAAGGAUAUGGCAGGGAAGCAUGCUUUGCUAAGAGAAAGAUACCCACUCUUGACUACUGCUCUGUUAAAGCGUACCAUACCAACUACAAUGAAGUUUAUGGUGGUUCGUCAUCCAUUCGAGCGUGUUUUAUCAGCAUAUCGAGACAAACUGGAAGAUUAUAAACGAGAUUUAAAGGACAGGGGCGGAUAUUAUUAUGCGAUCUAUGGAAAAAGAAUCGUCAAAGCCUACCGUAAGUCCAGCUCGAGUGAUGAUCACAGUUAUACCAGAAAGGAACCCACGUUCCGGGAAUUCAUCCAGUAUCUUCUUGACACAGAUGUAGAAGAAUAUGAUGAGCACUGGAGACCAAUCUCCCUCUUGUGUACUCCAUGCCACAUACGUUAUGAUAUCAUUGCUAAAAUGGAAACUCUUUCAAACGAUGCAGAGUUUAUCCUCUACCACCGUGGCCUUUCCAGUGCUGUGCACAUGGAGUGGUCUCACAAAACAGACCAAACAAAGAGAACCUCUGAUGUUGCCAAGACAUAUUUUUCCCAGUUGACUUCAAGUGAAGUAAAGCAGCUUUACUAUAAAUAUAUCAUAGACUUCUUGAUGUUUGAAUAUGAGCUGGAGCCUUAUAUGAAACUGACUGCAUCUCCAAUAAAUAAUUCACUUAGUGUAGAUGAAGAUGAAGAAAGUGAAUAUUAUAAUGAAGAUGAUAAUGAAGAGGAACAAGAUGAAGAUGAUGUGGAAGAAGUAGUUGAUGCCAAAGAAAAUGAAUAUGAAAAUGAAUAUGAGAAUCAGGCAGCGGAAGAGACGGGUGCAGACACACUUGAAAAUGGAACAGCUAAUAAUGACGUGUAGCUAGGAGAGUCUUUACUUGGGAGAGAAGUGGAUAAGGAUUUCUAGAUCUCAGAAUCAUGGUUAGGCUGUGACUAUAUCCAUUCAUAUCAAAGAUUAUAUCCACACUUUUUAGUGCUAUUGCCUAAAAAACAAUGUGUAAAGUCCAACCCAUCCUAUGAAAAUGAUAGUACUGUCUACUUUUGUUGAUCUAAAUCAUAUGGGGUCCACCCCAUACAAGUUAGCCAAAUUGUUUCCUGGGAAAGUCCAAAAAUGAACAUAUUUUAAUUUGUUGUAUUGUAACCAACAUUAUUUGUAUUUUGACAUGCAAUAAACAUAAAUUUACCUGGUUAGGGAAGAUUCUUUAUAUAUUUACAGUAAGUACAGUAUUCAAAAUAAUUUAUCGAUAACAAAUUUCAACUUGCCUUAUUAGUUCGUCAGCUUGCUCAACGAAGGGCUUUAAUAUUGUUCAUUUACCCAACCUAACACAAUACAACAUUAAAAUUACUGUACAUGAGCUUUGCAAGGUCAGUUUUUAACUGCCAGGUGCUAAGGCCUCAUUGAGUGAAGACCCUUGGCAAUCUGGGGAGGUUUUGCUGGUGUAAGACUUUUUCUUUAUACAUAUCAGAGAUGGUAUUCGCACUCUAGACCAUAAUCAUGGACAACACUUACAGCAGAGCAAAAAUUUUCACAAAGUUUAAUCACGUAUAACUUCUUUGGAUAGCGUAACUUGCUUCCUCUUAACACCUCUACGUCAAUUGUGGCUGCUACAGGACAUAUUCUUAGUAAAAAAAAAUUAGCAGUUUCUAUCGAAACAAAACCUUUCAAAAACAGUGUGGCACUGUGGUAUCACAUGAGAGGGGAUGGAACACACGGGUGUGCAGCUUGACUUGGCCUCAAGGUCAAAUGACUAACUUUCCCCAGAAUGCAACCUCACAGUAGUUGACCGAUUCCUGGUACCUAUUUAAUGCUUGUUAACAGAGGCAUUAGGUAUAAGGAUACAUGCCCAACCAUUUCUGUCCUGCCUGGAUUCGAACCCGAGAUUCCAGAUUGUGAGUCAAGAACAGAUCAAAUUGUGUUUUAAGCCUAGGACAGGCUAGGUCGUAAUUAGGUCUUUUCUUUUAUGCACUUUAAAAUUCACAUACUACAAAAUGAGGACUUUUUUUUUUCUAAGUCCACAUUUUGUCCAUUCCAUCCAUAGUUGCUAAAGUAGUACCAUUUUCAGAGGAGUGGUUGGAUUAAAUCAUAUCUGUUGUUAACUAGAUUUGAAUAUUGUUACUGAGAUAAAUUAAUUUAUAUUAGUGCUGCAUAUAAGUAAUAAUUGGGGUAUUAUUUACUGAUGACACAUUGUUCUACUCAAGACAAUAAUUGCUGUUUGAGAUGUGAUUUUGUAUGGCACAGGAAUAUCAUCACUAAUCAAAAUGCUAUGAAAUUAUUUUUAAGUUCAGUGUUAGGGGGACACCUAGACAAUCAUCAUUACAAAAAUUAUGUUAAGGGCAUGGACAGUCAUUACUAUAAGUAUGAUGAUAUAAUGUUAGGAACACCAAAAAUGGCAUCACUUCAUAAGAUAUAAAAGUGAUGUUUUAACUAAAUGUAAGGGACAUAGAGGUGCUUAUUACAGCAUAAGAAGUUUAUAGAUUUAAUUACUAGAUAUAGAGAAUUUUUUAUUGUUUAGCCACAGUUUGUGUGGUGUGGGCUUUCACUGGCAAGAGCAUUGUAGUCUGUGAUAUGUUAUUAAUGAUACAGAACCAGAGCAGCAUCAAACAUGUUUAACCCUCUGCAAACUGUGUUUCUAAAACCUGAUUACCCUUCCAGGGCUAAAUUUGUCUAGUAUGAUUGCAGAUGAUAAAUAAAAUGUUUUGAAGUCAAAUAUUUACAUAAUUUUGCAAGGGUAGAUUGCCAUAUUUUAUCUGCUAGCCCAUUUCAAGAUUUCACAAAAAUUCAAAACAGUGCACAGUAAAGUACAGUACAGUACUACAUUUCUAUACACAUUUGAAUACAGUACAGUACUUACAAAUAUUUUUUUUAAGAUUAAAUAAAUUUUGUGAGGUAUGCAUUCAACAGUAAACAUUUUUGAAUGAUUAAAUUAAGUGUUUUGUACUCACGUAGUUGUGCUUGCAGGGGUUGAGCUUUGGCUCUUUGGUCCCGCCUCUCAACUGUCAAUUUUAUAGACAUAUGAGAAUAGCCCAGGAAUCAAGUGAUAUCGAACAGCUUAUGAGGAUUUAAUGAUUUGGCUUCAUGUAAUGCCUGCAAUAUGCAGACGGUUAAUAUAUACUGGUGCUGUGCUGUUUAUUCCAUAACUACUUUUUAAGCUCAAUUUUAAGUAUUUAAGUUGUAUACUGUAUGUUGUGCCUAAACACUGGUAAUUUUAAUGAUUGGCCUGAGAGCCUACAGGUAUUAAUUUUGUACAUUAAUGAGCAUUAUAGUCACUGAUCUAUUACCCAUGGAUCAGGUAUUUGAGUCAAAUGACUUUUACAGCCAGGAUGUAAAAGGAUGUAGAUAAUGUUCCUCAUACAGAAUAUGACCUCUAGGAUAUACCAGAACACACCAAAUUGAUUGAGGUUAGAUAAAAAUACAUAUAAUUUAAAUCAACAUGAAAUAUUCAUAACUUUUGCAUUGUUUUCAUCAGUACAGUAGUCAAUUAACCAAUGAAUUUAUCUGAUUGUGACCUGAAAACUAAUUUCCAUAUCUAGUUGAAUUUUUGGAGCCCCCUUGACAUAGAUAAUAGAUUAGUGACUAUUCGUUGUGUAUAUGAAUAUGAUGAUGAAUCUAUUGUAUUUUAUAUUAUUUAAAUAAUUGGUUGUACUCACCUAGUUGUGCUUGUGGGGGUUGAGCUUUGGCUCUUUGGUCCCACCAAAUAUUUACAUAAUUUUGCAAAUGGUGUAUGACUCAAUCUUGCUCUCAAAAGGUGGCAGACAAGCCUUCAGGCAGCCUUAUGUAAACACUAUUCUAGUCUGCUCUCUUUUGCAUAGCUUCACGGGGUGACCUUGACUUUGUGUACUUCAAAUCUGUAUAACAGAAUGGUGUGUUUUAAUCCUUGUUAUCCAUUCCAACUACCACCCUAUGUGUUGUUAUCCACUCCACCAACUACUGUACCAUGUAUCUGUUGUUAUCCACUCCACCUACCACCCUGCAUUUGCUGUUAUCCACUCCACCUACCACUCUAGAUCAUCUGCCAAGUACUAUAUUGUAUGCAGUUCUGGCUUUCAUAAAAUUUACAAUGUUCUAUUGCUGGGCCUCGAGCCUUAAAUAUCCAUCCAUAUAUAUUCUGGGAAAUCUACUAGUGUAUGCCAUCCUCGGUGUCUGACCUUUUGUAAUCCUAACCUAAGAAAUCUCCCCCCCCCACUCCAUUUAUUUUAGACCUUCAAUAUCAUUAUUUGAAGGAAACUGAUGUGGGUAAAAUUUUACUCCAUGAAUCUUUUUAGGUAGGUUGUUUUAUCAGCUCUCAAUUAAAUGUCUUCAAGGAACUCUUGCAGUCAGAGCUGAUAGUAAUUUUGCAGUAUUUAAUAAUCUGAAUUAUAUUUUUUGAUCCAUGGGUUGGGUUAAAGAAGUGGUAUUAAGAAGCAAACAGUUAAUUUAGAAACUUCAACUGUAUGAAUUCAUCAUUGUGCAGAUGAGCUAAGCUGUUAUCCAGCCAUAAGCUAUUUCUAAAAUGCCUUCACCUCUAGAACAAAUUGGUGAUUUUAAAAGGGAUAUACUUUGUGUUUUUGAAUGUUCUUGGAUGCUUGUUUUUACAAAUUUGUAACAAUUUGCACUUCUAUAACCCAGCUGCACAAUAACCACCUCUGUGUUGCUUGUAACCCACCCAGUGUCAAUUUCUUCAUAGAGAGCUGAAAUGGAUGUGAACAUGUCAUCACAAACCAGUCUCGUCUGAAUUAUAAAUUUGCAUCGGUCAAUUGCCUCUGCCUAUUGAUCAAAACACAUGCCAUAAUAUUUAUUAAACAUUUAUACUGUA